AUGCCUGCCACAAACAACACCAAGUCGACUGGCCGCCGCCCGUCGGCUGCUCUCGGAAACUGCGGUAAUGAUACCGUAGAUAGAUCCAAGGACACUGCGGUCACCCGACGCCAGCAACGCCAGAGACACCGAGAGAACAUGCGCCAUCAGGCGGAGGUUGCACCCUACCUUGGCCUCUCUGACAGUGAAGAUGACAAGGCCGAUGAGAAGAAGGAAGCCAUGGAAGAGACCACCGACCCCAAGGAUUCUGAGUCAAAAAUUUUCUUCAUUACGCUCAUGUCCCCGAAGUCCCCUUACUGCACUGAGAGAUUGUUUUCAAAGUUGGAGCUGGGCUAUGUUGCAUCGCAGGACGAAUGUUUACGCAUGAAGCUUGACUGCCAAGUUCCAGAGAUCACACAGCGAAGAAAGCGAGGAAAGUCAACGAGAGUCGCGCAGCUGGAGAAAAAGAUCGACGGCAUAGUCUCCCUCCUCGCCAACCGCCAAAACCUCCCUCCAACCCCCGAAAGUCCCAAGGAACAACAACCUCGCCCCCAACAACCAGUACCACCUCUCUCACUAGACCCCAUAGCUCUAGAAAUCUACCAAGGCGAUGUCUCCAUUCCCUCCCACUUGACCGACAACGUAGAGCUCUUCCCGGGCUUCAGCGUCUCUCACGCCGAAGCCUGCGAGCGCCUCAAACUCUAUCAGCGCGACUACGUCCCGCACUUCCCCUUCGUUCCUUUACCAGAGCACAUGACGUCUCAUGAGUUGUAUGUCGAGUCAAGUUUGUUAUUCUGGACUAUCUUGGCGGUGGUUUCGCCGUUGGAGGAUAAGGUGCAGAUGGAGUUCAAGGCGUGGUUUAGAAGGUAUUUGGCGGAGCAUGUUUUUGUGAGGCAGGAGAGAUCAACGGACCUUCUACAAGCGAUAAUCAUCUAUCUUGGAUGGAACGACUUUCACUUCUACGGAGAGCUUCAAGUCACGAACAUUGUUCAGAUGGCUGUCGGUUUGGUCAUUGAUCUGAGACUCGACAAGAUCGCGGGCUCCUUUCUUGGCGGUCCGAAAACCCUUCUUGGAGAUGCGUGGACGAGUAUGGGCAAGCAGUGCACCAAGGGGAAGGCCUACCAGACUCCGGCCGACAAACGGGCGGUACUAGGCGUCUACCACAUCACCAACAUACUCAGCACAUACUUCCGCAAGAGCACCCUCUUCAACUGGAGCACUCAUCUCUCCCAAUGCUGCGACUACCUCCUCGAGUUCAACGAGUGCGAAACAGACAUCUAUCUCGUCUCGUUAGUCCGCAUGCAACAUUUGACCGAUCGCGGUUUCAGCAUUCUACCGACCAUUGAUCCUUUCGAUUCUACCAUUCCGACAUUCAACGCCGUAAUGGCUAUGGCGCUUGAUAGCGCCCAUCGCGAACUGGACAAGUACUUUGAAGCGCAACCAGAAUCUGUUCAGAAUAGUCCUGGCUUCAGAGCACACUACAACUCCAUGAUCGUCCGCCUCUACGAACCAAUCCUCAGCAUGAAGACUUCAUCCUUCUUAACCACCGACACAAGCCUCUCUGAGCCCUUCCUCCGCUCCCAAUACAUGUGGAAAUGUCUCGAAGCCGUCCGGACAUCCCUAACACAACACACCACCGCCGUCCCCGCGUCUACCUACUCCAUCCUGCCCAUAACGGUAUCUUGCAUCCUAGCCUUCGGGACAGUAACAGCAUCCCGUCUAAUCCUCGCCGACACCUCCCCCGACUGGGACACCAAAUCCGCACGCCUACACCUCCAAUUUCAGAACGUUUUACAGAAACUGAGCGAUCAGUUCGCGCAGGCGGAUGAAGAAGCUAUACGGCUCAACAGACGACGGCGGGUGAUGGAAGAUGGGAGUAGUGUUUUCUUGAAAUCGAGUUUCAAGGUCAGGUGGAUUAGACAGUGGUAUAUGAGCAAGAUUCCGCAGGAUGAGCAGAGGGAGAUUGAGCAGGCGCAGGUUGUGCUUGAGCCGGCGAAUCCGAAUUGGGCGGGGGAUUUUCAAUUUGAUGAUGAGUUUUGGGCGGAUUUGAUGGCUGGGUAUGAUGUUGAGGCGCUCAAUGGUGCUACGGCGGUUUCGUAG